CCGGACGGGUCGCCGCGGCGCUGCCCCGCCGCCUGCUGGAAGUCCCCCUCCGCCUGGCCGGCGCCCCCGCCCCUCGCCGCAGCCGCCGCGGCCGCCCUGUGUGCGGCUCCGCGAAGUUUGCUCCAGCGCGCCCGGUCCACCCGCACCCCGAGGCCGGCGGCACCGUCCCCAACUAGGACACUCUGGGCCAACCCCGCGGUAGCGGUGCGGGCGCGAGGGCGGGGAGGGCUGUGCGGUCCGCUGGGAGCAGCCCCGCGGGGCAGAAACUCGCGUGGGCGCCCCAGAUCAGCGAGUCGGCGCUUUUUAGGAGCGAGCCCGGGAGGCCAGACCCUGCGUCCCACCCACCGCCCUGACGCACGGUAACUCCUCGCUAGCACGGUGAAGACUAACAUUGGGAGUCGUGGGUGAAGACAUCAGAAAAGCAAGCUUCAACUAUAAAAUAGAUGGGCACCACCGGCUGCAACCUGAAGCAUCAUCAGCUGUAACUCAAGUUCCUGACCCAACGGCCACAGCUGAACCUUCCCAGGGCCCAGAAGCGAAGACCAUGGAGCUUUCCGACAGUGACAGACCCAUCAGCUUUGGCUCCACCUCAUCCUCGGCCUCCUCCAGGGACAGCCAUGGCUCCUUUGGCAGCAGAAUGACUUUGGUUUCAAAUAGCCACUUGGGCUUAUUUCACCAGGAUAGAGAAGCUGGAGCCAUAAAGCUGGAGCUGAUUCCAGCUCGGCCGUUUUCGAGCAGCGAGCUGCAGAGGGACAGCGCGUCCGGGCCACAGAACAUGGAUGAGGGCAGCGAGAGGCAGCCCAGGGCUCCAUGGAGAGCGGACGCGAAUGGGGGGCCCCAAACCUCGGCGGACUCGGCCACCAGCCCUAAGCUUCUCUAUGUGGAUAGAGUUGUACAGGAAAUCCUGGAGACAGAAAGGACCUACGUGCAAGAUUUGAAAAGCAUCGUGGAGGAUUACCUCGCAUGCAUCCAGGACCAAACAAGAUUUCCUCUGGGCGCCGAAGACAGGGCUGCUCUUUUUGGAAACAUACAGGAUAUCUACCACUUUAAUAGUGAACUUCUUCAAGACCUGGAAAACUGUGAAAAUGAUCCUGUGGCCAUAGCAGAAUGUUUUGUGUCCAAGAGUGAAGAGUUCCACAUUUAUACUCAGUAUUGCACCAACUACCCAAGGUCUGUGGCCGUGCUAACUGAGUGUAUGAGGAACAAGAUACUGGCCAAGUUCUUCCGGGAGCGCCAGGAAACUCUGAAACACUCACUACCCCUCGGGUCCUAUCUCCUAAAACCAGUUCAGCGGAUUCUCAAAUAUCAUCUCCUUCUACAUGAAAUAGAGAACCACCUUGACAGGGACACAGAAGGCUAUGACGUGGUGCUAGACGCCAUAGACACGAUGCAGCGAGUGGCCUGGCACAUCAAUGACAUGAAACGGAAGCACGAGCACGCCAUCCGCUUACAGGAGAUCCAGAGCUUGCUAACGAACUGGAAGGGGCCAGACCUCACCAGCUACGGGGAGCUGGUGCUUGAGGGAACCUUCCGCAUCCAGAGGGCGAAGAACGAGAGGACGCUCUUUCUCCUGGACAAGUUGCUGCUCAUCACGAAGAAGAGAGACGACACCUUUAUGUACAAAGCUCACAUCCUGUGUGGCAACCUCAUGCUGGUGGAGGUCAUACCAAAGGAGCCGCUCAGCUUCAGUGUCUUCCACUACAAGAACCCCAAGCUUCAGCACACAGUUCAGGCCAAAUCCCAACAAGACAAACGCCUCUGGGUCCUGCACCUGAAGAGACUGAUUCUGGAGAACCAUGCGGCGAAGAUCCCAGCUAAGGCCAAGCAAGCAAUUCUUGAAAUGGACGCCAUCCACCAUCCAGGCUUCUGCUACAGUCCUGAGGGAGAGAUGAAGACGCCGUGUGGCUCCAAAGAAGGUUCCGCACCUUAUCGGCAGAGACAGAAAUCAGAACCUUCCUCGAGAUCACACAAAGUGUUGAAGACCAGUGAAACUGCACAGGAUAUCCAGAAGGUUUCUAGAGUGGAGAGUUCCUCCCAGCUGAGUUCCGUCACAGCCUCUCCUGCGCAGAGGGACAGCCAGCCAAGCCGCACUGCCAUGUUCGGCAUGCUUCGUGGGGAAGGCGGCAGCAGGGGCCUCUGGGCAGGUCAGCACAUCCGGCAGCCCCUGUUUCCCAGCCGCCGGUCUCCGCAGGACAACGAGGAGGACGACGAUGACUACCAGAUGUUCGUCCCGUCCUUUUCUUCCUCCGAUCUCAAUUCUACCAGGUUGUGUGAAGAGAGCUCUUCCAGUCGCCCUUGCAGCUGGCACCUGGGGCUGAUUGAGCCCACAGAGAUCUCCAGCUCUGGCCACAGGACCGUCCGGCGGGCCAGCAGUGUGGGGGAAAGCAACACAUGCCCUCCUGAAGGGAGGAUUAGGGACAGCGACGGCGCCCAGUGCUGUCCCAGGAGAGAACUGCAGAACGGCCCUCAACCAGGAGGCCAGGGAGGGAUGACUUCCUUUGGGUCAUCUGUAGAGCUGACAAUUGAUGAUAUAGACCAUGUCUAUGAUAACAUAAGUUUUGAAGACUUGAAGUUAAUGGUUGCUAAGCGGGACGAGGCUGAUUCCUCUCUCCUCAGAUCACCCAGAGACCCUGUUCGCCCCAAGAGCACCCCAGAACUAGCCUUCUCAAAGAGGCAGGCCAGCCACAGUACAGGCUCUCUCUACCCCAAGACAGAGGCAGCUCCCAGUGGCCAGGAGGCAUCUAACCAAAGCAUUCACGAACUCCAGGAAGUGGAAGAAAACAUCUAUGACACCAUAGGACUUCCAGACACACCGUCACUGAAAUGCAGCAGCCUCCAGCAGCCCAAAAGGAGCACCUUCCUGGGUCUGGAAGCUGACUUUGCCUGCUGUGACAGCCUGAGGCCAUUUGUCUCCCAGGACAGCCUCCAGUUUGGUGAAGAGGAUGUGCCUUACCACCAGGGACCUUCCAAUACUGAUUAUUUGAGUUUGUUGUAUGACUCGCCCCGCUGUAACCUGCCUAUUGCAGAUAAGGCUCUGUCAGACAAAUUGUCUGAAGAAGUAGAUGAAAUCUGGAAUGACUUGGAAAAUUACAUCAAGAAAAAUGAAGACAAAGCAAGAGACCGUCUCCUCGCAGCAUUUCCUGUGAGCAAAGAUGAUGCACCAGAGAGGCUGUGUGUUGAGAGCACCCGUGAACCAAGCAGAGACAGAGACUCAGGCCACGCUGUGUCCAUGCUGUCCCUUCCUGAGAGUCAGGCUUUCCUCACACCUGGGAAAAGCAGGGUUGUGAGAGCCAGCAGGGCCAGCUGCUCCCUUGAUGAGGACCUGAUUUCUACAGAAGGCUCCUUCUUGACUCUUAACCAACUUUCUCUGGCCAGUGAAGUACCUCCUGUGGACAGUCCCUAUGACCUGGCCAACUGCAGCCUGCCCCAGACAGACCCAGAAAGCCCUGACCCUGGCAUGGAAGCCACAGAUAAGACCAAGAGCAGGGUCUUUAUGAUGGCAAGGCAAUAUAGUCAGAAGAUUAAGAAGGCAAAUCAGCUUUUGAAAGUGAAAAGCCCAGAGUUGGAGCAGCCACCGCCCUGUCAGCAUAAGCCCGUUCACAAAGACCUGGCAGCCAUCUUGGAAGAGAAGAGGCAAGGAGGGCCUGCCAUUGGUGCCAGGAUUGCUGAAUAUUCCCAACUGUAUGACCAGAUUGUGUUCAGAGAGACACCUCUUAAAGUUCAGAAGGAUGGCUGGGGCAGCACCCCAGACCCCGCUCCCCUCAGGCCCGCAUCACCUUCCCAGGCCCAGCGCACUGCAGAGGACUGGCUUUGGCAUUCGCCCUACAGCAAUGGAGAGUUGGCCAAUCUUUCUGUCCAGGCAGAACAAGACUCAAAGUCAAAAUAUCCCAACACAUUAGAUAGCAUUGCAAAAAGUAUUCCCAGACAGUUGUCGGCCGUUUGUUCAGUGCCUUCUCUGCAAGCAUCAGACCCUUUGCUGGGCCCUGUGCAGCCGUGCGACGUGGUGGUGAGCCAGCCCCACAAAGAGAACUCUGGUCAGGGCCAUCUUUACAACUCGCUGGGUCGCAAAGCAAUGGGCGCUAAAUCCCAGGCUUACAGCAGACCCCAGUCAUCUUCCUCAGUCUUGAUUAACAAAUCUCUGGACUCCAUCCACUACCCCAGUGAGACAGAAAAGAAGCAAGUGCUGUCUUUACAGAAGAGUUCCAGAGGUGCAAGCCAGCAGGACCUCCUGUCAGGGCUGGCUGACUCCUGUCAAAAGAACACUGGCAAACGCUCCGAUCUCACGCUCCAAGACUCACAGAAAGUUCUGGUGGUAAAUAAAAAUGUACCCUUAAGUGCCCAAAUAGCGACACAGAACUACUUUUCUAAUUUCAAAGAGACCGAGGGAGAUGAAGAUGACUAUGUGGAAAUCAAGUCAGAAGAGGACGAGGUGGGGCUGGAUCUCUCUCCGAGUCCGGUCAGGAAGUCUGACCCAAAGAUCCUGAAUCCUGACUGUUCUGGUAGCAUCUGCAGCCACAGCACACCAUGCCCCUUGAAGGAGGCCGUGAGCGGCAGGCUGGGCCUCUCUCCAUACCUGACAGCGUUUAAAGACUCUGACAAGCUGAAUGAUUACCUGUGGAGAGGGCCAUCACCCAAUCAGCAAAACAUUGUGCAGUCUCUGAGAGAGAAAUUUCAGUGUCUUAGCUCAAGCAGCUUUGCCUAGGUUGGUUUGUUGUUACUGUUGUUUUUAAACAAACGUACCAGUUUGAAGCCAUUUUGUAAUGAUCAGAGGGUAAAAUGUGCAUUCCUUUAUAGCACAACUCUUUGACCAGGACAUUCCCCCCUCCAUAUCCUGACAGUAGCACCCAUAUAACUCUUAGAUUAUCUGUCUCCCCAAGGAGUUUCACACUGUGACUCAGAGGCAGCACGAGUCUCUUUCACAGUCUUUAAAAAGAGAAGCUAGAGUUAUUUAAAGAAUUAUGCUUCUAUGUGGCAUCUCUGUAUUUAUUGUAAGACUCAAGAAUGACGUAUGCCAGAGACCACUGGUUAGAGUACAGCCUCCUCACGUAUUUUAAGGUUACCAUGCUGGUGUUCUCAUCACAUUUCAUCUAGAUGACAACAUUAUAUGACUAUUAAAAAAUUAAUAUGUAGCCCUAGGACCAACCUGCUAUGAGAAAAAAAAAAUCUUUACAUGUGUUCCAGGACGAGGCCCAGAUGCUGUGCCAGUAAUUAUGGCAAUUCUACAAUUUCUGGGGUGAAAUAAACUAUCUCUUUCAUGGCAUAAGGAAAUCUACUCUUAAUAAAAUGCAAGCCAACUUAAUUAUUAGAUAAGAUACUUGACGACUUCUUUGUAUUACCACUAAAGGAGAACUGGCCCUGCAAAAAAAAAAAAAACCAACCCAAAGCAUCUCACUCUGGUACUGUAUAUGCCUGUAUCUAUCAGUAAAUCUUCAGCUAAACUAAGACAAACUGCAUUAAAGUGACUCUUCUAGAACAGUUCUUUGUAGACACUUUCCUGAGCUUUGGUUUCAGCUGAACGCCCUUGAGGAGUCCUCACCACAGAGAGGGGCAAGAGCUCACUUUCAAAACAGUGCAUAACAUAGGGCCCCUUUCAGUGUUUCGGAACUUACGGAAGAACAGAACCUCUUGUUGCUGAGUUCUGGCUAGUAACUUCCUUUACAUUGUAACUAUAGUCCCAUGCAGCAUUUCACUGUGAUAGCAUACCGUUCUAACCCUGUGUCGAGAGGAACAGAAGCUAAAAAGCAAGACACUGUGAUUCAAAAGGAAAACCAAAGAGAAAAAUGAAGACAGAUUUAUUGCUACUUCAUAAAAGGAUUUCAUUGAAAGCUCCAUGAAUGCAGUCAGAAUAUUCUCUCCCUUUCUAUUCUCAUUUUAUACAGUGGAACGUUCUGGAAUCUUUCCUCACCCUCUCAGUUUCCAGUUUUAACUUAUUUCUCUUUAUUAGAAUUAAACAAUCUUCCAUUUAAAAAGCUAUGACAGGAACUAUAGGGAAAGAUGUCUGGCCUUUCAUUUGAUGGUAAGCAAUACUAGAGAUUCACCAACAGCCUUCCAGAAUUCAUUCUUUUUAACUCCAUUUCAUGUUACAAAUAAGCCCCCAAGUUUUGUUUUCUUUUUUAAUUUUAAGAGUUGCGUGUUCUCCAAAUCCUUUAUUCUUCCUGUAGCUACCAAAAGGUCUGGGGCUGAAGGGGAUGCUUGGUGGUGGGGCCCUACUGCACGCCCCAGUGCCCUGACUGAAUCACAUGGUUCUGAAAACAUUCCUUUCUAGUCAUUGCUUUUACUUAAACAUGAGUUUUCCAUAUUAAGCAAUAGUUUUAAGUUACCUGACUCUUGUCCAAAAAUGAAGGUUCCUGGGUUUUUUUUUUAAUUUUAUUUUUAGUCUUUAUGACCCACAUUCCAAUAUAGUUCGUGUCACCGUUCUGUCUGAGUCUCAGAAAUUACUAAUUUUUCACAUCGGUGUGUUGUUGCAUGAUUUGAUGUCACCUGCAAAGGUAGAUGUCAUGUUGUAUAAAAUAUCUGUGUAUGUGGUCCUUUGGUUCUAGGAUAAAUCUGUAGUUUUAUUGAUCACUUCUGUGGACCAGGCUGCAGACUUUGAGAGCCGUGUGUGUGUGUGUGUGUGUGUGUGUGUGUGUGUGUGUGUGCAUGCUCAGAUGCUCCCUCGAUGUUAGCAAUUCAGUGAUUUUGUUUAAAAUAGUUUCUUUUGCAAGUGGGGUGGGGAUGUAUAUACCUGGGGUGAAAGUUUUAUGUGCUUAAAAGUUCUUACUGGGUUCCUACACUAAAAAUGCCAAUUUUUUUUUUAUAAGUUCACUUUUCACCUUUUUUUUUUCUUUGUGAGGGAAAGCAAUGCAGCUUGGAAAACCUAGUUUAAAUACUGUAUAUAAGACAAUGAGGUUAGUAAUGCCCAUUAUUUAAUAAAGUUUGUAAAGUGGAAAAUAAA